AUGGUCAACGUUCAGUUACACUGCCCGUCCACGAAGAAGACCGUCGAGGACUUCUUCAUCACACCUUUCCAAAGCCUCGAGCAAGUUCUACCGAGUGUACGACUUGCCCUCAACAUCAAGUACGCGGCGCUCUACACUACCGAGGCCAAACGGAUCAUGGAACCAAGUACCCUUCAAGAAGACCAGCGAGUGUUGGUGGCAGCCAGCGCAUCAGAGACUAUGUUACCUGACUCGCCAUCUGAAUGGGUACUGUACGACGGCGAGGAGGGCGACGAUGUCGCCAUGAACGUCGAAUGCUAUGGCCUUGAGUGGGUUGAGCUAUGUGACCUCGACAAGUGCUUGCACAUCACCAGUCUGAACGUGCAGAAACCCGCAACCCGGAACAAGUUGCGUAUUACACGCGAGUUCAAGCCUGUCCAGGCCGACAUCGACGCCUCGGAGGCUAAAACCUUAACUUCUUCAAGUGUUGCAGAGAACGAGGACCGUAUCGAGAAGUGCUGGGCCGUCGCCGUCGAGCACUUCCUUACUACCUCGAUGAAACCUGCCGCCGCUAAGUCCAGCUCCAAGUCCUGCGACCCCGACACCCUGGCUACUCUAGCUAUCCUCGCAAGUUUCACUCAAGGUCAAUCCCGAAUAGCUUUGGAGGUACUUGAAGAAGCGGUCGCUCUUCGCACCGAAGAGGAUCAAGGCGACGACAAGGAUCCCGCUUUGCGGAAAGGCGAUGUUCUUAACGCAAUCACGAUCAUCUACGAGCGGGCUGAAGAAAUCCCAGCUAAGCUCAUCAAGGGUAAGGGCGCGAAAGGGAAGGGUAAGGGGAGGAGGAGGUCCUCGAAGGGCACUCCGAAGAAGCUUAGCGCUAUGUCGAGUUGA